AUUUCGAGCUUUGAGGCGUCUCUUCGAAAAACACAAUAAAGGAUUUCGUGGAGGCAAAGGUGAAUCUUACAAUUGAUGUGACGUAAGCUAAAAACCCCUUAAACCCCCUUCUACCGGUUGAUGACUUGAGUUGAAUUUCAAUGUUAUUCUCUGCAAAACCCUAGUUAUCGUUCUUUCGAUUGGAGGCUGACGCCAUGGACGAAGUCCACGAAGGACCACCAAAUAGAGAACUCUAUGCACUCUUAAACUUGUCGCCAGAUGCCUCCGAUGAAGAAAUCCGAAGAGCUUAUCGUCAAUGGGCACAAGCCUAUCACCCUGAUAAAUACCGAGCUCCCCAUAUGAAAGACAUUGCUACUGCAAACUUUCAACGCAUUUGUGAAGCGUAUGAAGUUUUGUCGGAUCCAAAUAAAAGGCAAAUAUAUGACAUAUAUGGCAUGGAAGGUUUGACCUCUGGUCUGGAACUUGGUUCGAAGCUGGAUAAAGCCGAAGAGAUAAAGGCUGAAUUGGAGAGACUACGGCGAAUGAAGGAGAUGCAAAAGAUAUCAGCACAUUUUAGAACUUCUGGUACAAUUCUGGCCAAUAUGUCUUUGCCACGCUUUCGAAAUGGCGAUGGCUUCAUGAGAGGAAUGGCUAUGACCAGUGAAGUCCAGUCUCGGUUAUCAAAACGUAAUACUAUUGCAAUUGGCGGCAAUUUAGCAGUUAAUGGCAAUGCAGGUGGUGGGGCUGCUACUGCCCUAUUUAGGCAUGAAAUGUCGGAAGUUUCUUCUGUAGAGUUUAUGGCUUCAACUGGGUUGCGUGCAUUGAUAGGGGUGCAAACAACACGUCAACUAUCAGCACAUUCGGCUGCAACAAUGGGCCUUGCUAUGUCUUUGCAAGAUGGUUCAUUGAAUCUUUCUAAUUCAUGGAACCGCCAACUGUCAGAAACAACUAGUGGAAAUAUACAACUUGCUUUGGGACCACAGUCAUUCAUAGGUGUAGGUUGGCAAAAGAAAGAUGAAAGAAGAUCUGCCUCAGGAGAAGUGAAGUUUGGCACAAGUUCUUUUGACGUAACAGCUCAUUAUACGCAUCACUUGUCUUCCAAAUCUCAUGGCCGCAUUGCAGGCAGAAUUGGGAGUUCAACCCUUGAGAUUGAAAUUGGUGGCGGGAGGAAGUUAUCCAAAUUCAGCACUGUCCGCUGGUUGUAUACAAUAGGAAUUCAG